UCCUCUGAUGACUUUGAGAUCCGCCGGAAGAUCGGUUCAGGUGGAUUUAGCUUAGUCCACGAAGCAAUCUACAAACCUGACCAAUCUUCUUGGGCGAUCAAAAUCAUGAGGAGGUUUACUCGAGAAGAAAGUAACUUUUCCAUCAUCAUGAAUGAAGUUGAUUUACUUGAUGAAGUUGAUCAUCCAAACAUUAUCAAGUUUCUCGGAUUUUAUACAACUGAUGAAGAGAUUCACCUCGUUCUUGAACUUGCACCUAAAGGUGAUCUAGCUCAUAGAUUACUCAAACGAGUCUUAUCUGAACGUAGAGCGAAGCUUUAUGUUUUGCAAGUUGCUGAAGCUCUUGAAUAUUUGCAUGAAAAUCAAAUCAUUCAUCGAGAUGUCAAGGCUCUUAAUGUUUUAGUGAUGAACAACGAUCAAGUCAAAUUAACGGAUUUCGGUUCUGCUACAAUGGUUGAUUCGUCUGGAUUUACUCGUGGUGAUGUUGGUACUCCUUAUAGCAGAGCUCCUGAAAUCAUCUUAAAUCAAGAUUACUCGAAGAAUGUUGAUUGGUGGUCACUCGGGGUACUUCUAUACGAAUUGGUCACUGGCGAACAACCUUUU